AUGGCGGAACCAGCGAUUCACCAACAUUCACAAACCCAACCAUUGAAACAAAUCGCAAUCGAUUACACACCAGAAGCUUGUUCUCACUGUCCCAUUUCCAACACCAUAACCCUAACCUACGACCACCGCGGCGGCGCACGGUGGCGAUCAACAACCCGUUACCUCCACGGAACUUUCACCGCCAAAAUCCAAAUCCCAAAAGGAAACACAAGCGGUCUCAAUUUCAACCUCUACCUUUCCUCCCUCGAAGGUGAUAAAUCACAAGACGAAAUCGAUUUCGAGUUUCUCGGCAAUGACACCACAAUCAUUCAAACAAACUAUUACUGUAAUGGUAUUGGAAACAAAGAAGAGAUUCAUCAACUUGGUUUUGAUGCUUCUGAUGGGUUUCAUGAAUAUGGAAUCAAAUGGGGUUUAGGGUUUAUUGAGUGGUUGAUUGAUGGGAAAGUUGUGAGGAAAGAAGAGAAGAAAGAGGGUGAUGAUGGGUUUCCUGAAAAGGCUAUGUUUUUGUAUGCUUCUGUUUGGGAUGCUAGUUGUAUUGCUGAUGGGAAAUGGACUGGGAAAUAUCAUGGAACUGAUGCUCCUUAUGUUUGUCUCUAUAAGGAUAUUCAUGUACCUUCGAAUACGGCUGUCGAAUGA